GACCAAAACAGGUUUUUGGGGUGGGCGUGAUAGUAAGGCUGUGGAGAGAAAAGAAGCAGCAAAUAGUUGAGAAGAGGUUGGAGGAGAUAGAGAAUCACAUACUUCUGUUCAGAAAUAUUUCAGUGCAGCUCCAAGAAAUGGAAGGACACAGAGGUGACAUGGAGAAGCAGAAGAAAACAAAAAAAUAGAGUUUUAAGAGAAACAGAGGUAUUUGGGAGAGAAGAGCUUUUCCUCUCUUUUCUCCUCCCCACAGCAAUCAGCCAAGCUGGAAAGAAGAGAUUGUCUCUGAACUUGGUGGUGUGUCUUGGCACAGAAGAUUGAUAGUAAAGAAGUAAACAGGGUUGUCAACUGUGCUAACAACAGGAGUAAAGGCUGCUUAGUGACAAGAAUGAGGACUCUUCCAGAGACCUAUGACCAGGAGCUGAAAACAGAUGCAAAGAACAAAAGAUGUCUUCAGGAGAAAAGCCUACUUCUGUGUACACUUCUCCUCAGUACUAUCCUUGGCUUUACACUGCUUAUCACCUACAUCAUGAUGACUUGUGGUCUAGGUAUAAUUUCUCUCCUUUUUACUUCCUGCCCAGGAUCCUGUGAUGUUGAGCCAGGUCUUACGCUGUUGGCCAGACUCCUGAAUUCUAGGAAUGACACUGUAGACCCCUGUACGGAUUUCUACAAAUAUGCCUGUGGCAGCUGGGAAAGCAAAUACUCAAGCAGAACCACAGAAGAAUCACUAAAUGUCUUUGAUGUGGUGUUGGAAGAAAAUCAGUUGAUCCUGAAAAGGCUUUUAGAGAGCCCACAGUUUGCAAUACGAGGCUCAGCUAAGGAGAAAGCAAUCCAGUUCUACCGCUCCUGCAUGGAUACCCAACAAAUAGAGUCCCAAGGAACUCAACCAUUGAAGGACCUCCUAAAUCAGGUUGGUGGAUGGAAUAUCACAAGUGUGGGGAAAGCAAAAGAUUUUAAUGAAACUCUUCAGACUAUCAUGGGCAGAUACAGCACCUUUCCCUUUUUCAGAGUCCAUGUGGGACCUAGUCCUCUUGACCUCAAGACCAAUAUUAUUCAGAUUGACCAUCCUGAAUUUGAGAUGCCACCUGAGAGUAAAUUAAAAGAGAAAAAUUAUCCUGAGGUUCUCCGUGUGUAUCUCUCAUAUUUGAAGAAACUGGGGGGGCUACUUGGAGUGCCAAAGGAUGGUCCCCCUGAUUCCUUUUCCCUUACCUUGUCCUUCAUCUCUAACCUCCAGCGAGUUGUCACCCCACUGCAGGAAAGACAGCAGAGGGGAAUGCUGUUCUUUCGAACUACCAUUAAGGAACUACAGGAAAAGGCACCUGCUAUUGACUGGUUGUCAUGUCUCCAGACUGUCUUCCAUCCUAUGCCAAUGAACCUCUCUCAGCCAAUUGCAGUGCAUGACAUGGAUUACUUAAGAGGCAUGUCACAGCUCAUUGAACAAUGGCAGAAAACACGGGUCCUUCACAUUUACAUGAUUGUUUGUCUGGUUGGGAAUCUCUCCCCAGCCCUUGACAGUCAGUUCCAAGAUGCACGCCUGGAGCUAUCUAAGAUCCUGUAUGGAAAAAUGGGAUCUAGAGUGAUCCCAGCUGAGCGCUGGAGGAAGUGCUUGACUGAUACCAGCUCUUUCUUUGAGCCAGUUCUAGGGCAGAUGAUUGUGCAAGAAAUUUUCCCUCAUCAGACCAAGAAACUUGCUGAGCAGAUGUUCUCUGAGAUCCAAGAUGCCCUCUAUGGCCAACUGGAUCAAUUGGAGUGGAUGGAUGAACAGACCCGCCAAGAAGCUAAAGUCUUGGUUUCUAAACUACAAGUGGAGAUUGGCUACCCAGCUUGGAUACUUCAGACUGCCAAAGUGAACCUGGAAUACCAGAAGUUGGAGAUAAAUGAAGACACUUUUUUCUUCAAUGUGGUGGCUUGCUUGAAAGUACUGAGGGAAAACUCCUACUUGAAACUCCUUCUGCACCACUCACAGGAUAACUGGUAUGUGUCCCCCUGGACUGUGCAUUCAUAUUACUCAAUCAGGCACCACAUGCUGGUCUUUCCUGCUGGAAUGUUCCGUAGCCCCUUUUUCCACAUGGAAUUUCCCAGUGCUGUGAACUUUGGUGCCAUCGGGGUCUUCAUGGCCCAUGAACUUCUUCACACAUUCUAUGGCUAUGUGCUGCCUGGGGGCUGUCCUACAUGUAACAGGAGCACACUGCAGAAAUCUAUAGACUGCUUGGUUGAACAGUAUGAAAGCUAUAGCUUUAAGGUCAACGGUACUUUCACACUGUUGGAGAAUACAGCUGACACUGGAGGGCUUACCAUUGCUUACCAGGCCUAUAAGAAUUGGCUGAAAAAGCACAAAGAAGAGAAGGAUUUAUCUAAGAUUGGACUUUCACAUGACCAACUUUUCUACCUCAGUUUUGCUCAUGCAAUGUGUGGACACCAGGAUCCUGAGAAACUAGAGUCUUCCCUGAACACAGAUCCUCAUAGUCCUUUGCCACUUCGUGUUUGUGGACCUGUCAGCAAUAGCCAGGACUUUGCCAAGCACUUCCGUUGUUCCAGUGGAUCACCAAUGAACCCAGAUAAGAAGUGCCACAUCUGGUAAUCUGCAUGGAAAGGGAGGAAGAGACAUGACCCCAGGGAGAGGAAGGCCUGAUCCAAGAAAAUAUGACCAUCUCAGGGCCCCUAGGGUGACAUGAUGCUCUUAUUCACUCCUCUACCUUCCUUUUCUUGUUAUGCUUUCCUCAGCAGCUGAUGGCAGCAAAAUUCUGAAGCUGAGCACAAAAGGGUUUCUCCUACUGCUCUCAGCACUCUGUCUCAAAUGUGACAUCUCUAGAGUUUAGCAAGUCCCAAGGCAGCAAGUUGACUAGCCAGUCUCUAGAAAGCAACAGCUUCUGAAGGCUUGUAAACAGAAGGAUUGUUACAGCACUCUGUUCUGUGCAUUUCUCUGUGUGCUCCAGAAGCCUCACAGUCAUGGUCAACGAACAGGGCAAUACGCUGGAGCUCUAAGACUUGUUAAUGUAAGACUGGCUUUUAGGGAAAUCCUGUGAGUUACUAUUCCAACCACACAGACCAGAGAGAGAAGGAUCCUUUUCUCUCCUGCUGAUAAAUGGAAACAGGGACUAGGAUCCAGCUAAAAUCCAUCUGAAAGAUAAGUCAAUAAUGAAAGUAACUGAAGGCAUUCCCAGUUCUGGUUUUGCUUCAUCAGCAAAACUCCUAAGAGAGAAAAGGGGCAAGUGCUAGGUGGAUUGAGAGCUGAGAACAAAUUCUCUUUCUUCUUUUUUUUCCAAAAAGAUUCUCUUUUUUAGUCUCUAUUUAGGGCUAAUGGUGGAGUAUGGGACAGUCACAAGGGUUUCUAGAAGUCUCUGAAGACUGAACAGUUAGGAGCUGCUUGAAAGAGUUCAGCGCAGAGCCAUGAAGAUGAUUAAAGGAGUGGAGCAUCUCCCUUACGAUGAAAGGCUGAAGGAGCUGGGGCUCUUUAGCUUGGAGGAGAUUGAGGAGUGGCCUCAUUAAUGUUUACAAACACAUAAAGAGUGGGUGUCAGGAGGAUAGAGCCAGGCUGUUCUUAAUGAUGUCCAAUGAUAGGACAAGGGACAAUGGGUUCAAGCUGGAACAUAAGAGGUUCCAAAGAAACAUAAGGAAAAGCUUCUUCACUGUGAGGGUGAUGGAGCACUGGAACAGGCUGCCCAGAUGGGUUGUUGAGUCUCCUUCUCUGGAAACACUCAAAACCCACUUGGAUGAGUUCCUGUGUGGCCUGUUCUGGCAGGGGGUUUGGACUAGAUGAUUUUUCAAGGGGCCUUCCAACCCUUAAGAUUCAGUGAGUCUAUAAUCCUAAGAACUUCUCUGGAUCCUGAACCUGUUUUUGUCAUCCCUAAAAGUUCUCUCAUCUCUAUAUUUGUAAAUAUUUAUAAUUCAUACAGAGGAGUAGUGCUGCUGUAGAAUUUUACUUUCUACUUGAAAUAGAAUUUUAUAUGUUCAUUUACUUUAGAGGAGAAAGAGAGUAUGAAGUAAUAUAUUUUAGGGUAGGAAGAGAAGAGCUUACAGCACAUUCUCAAGAGUAACCUACUAAUUAAUAUCAAUUUCAGGUUCUGAUAAUUAGAAAAUGUAUAUCAAUGUUCUAAAAAUUACCAAAGUUAAUAAGUAUAGAAAAUACUCCUACUUUUUGCAUACUCUUCAAACUGUUGAUUAAAGGAGCGUUUUUAUUUUACUUAUCAUAUUGACUGCCUGAGGAUUGUUUGUGGUGAUGGCACAUGGAAAAGGUGAUGGCAGAUGGAAACAUUCCCUAACAAUGCAAGCUUGUAAAAAUUGUGAAAAUCUUAGUUAAUUGUGUUAAUCCUUUCUAAGUACUGUCCAAUGCAGUAAAAUAUUUUACAAGAACAGACUAUUCAGAGAUUUUUAUUUCACUAAUUAACUAAAAUAUUAAUAAAGUAUUUGCUUCAGGGAAAACAAUUACUCUGCAAACUCAUUUGCAAGUCCUGUUUCUUUGACCUGCAUUUGUGCUGUUUCCAGUAUGACUGGAGUUCUUACCUGAACUUCCCAAGUAAUAAAUAAUAAUACCUCAUAAUAAAAA